AUUUCUUCUUUGUCCUAACCGUAGAUGUUCCUUUGAACUAUCCUGUUUGUGCAUCGAGGAACAUCAACGGCUAAUAACUUUGAAAGGAUGUAUCCCAGAGAGAGAGUCUUAAAUUAUUGAAUUUUUGUUUUUCAUUUUUGGAAUUUUGAUCUUCUGUAUAGCAAUUGCAGUUGUAUAAAUUUUCCAAUCAUUUUCAAUAGUCUAAACCAAUCACAGAGAAGAAAAGGUGCGGGUUUUGAUCUUGGAUUCCCCUCGAAAGGAGUUUGAGCUCGAUUCACUUAAUUGCAGUUGAGGGCUGUAAAGGGGUGCAGUUUGGUUUAAAAUUGUAAGAAUUCAGCAGUCAGUGGGGUAGAUAUUUGGUUUUUGGAAUUUGUAAAAUGUACCAUCGUGUGCCGGCUGCGGCAGCAGCCACUGACCGGGGUGUGUUAGCGACAGAUAGUGGAGAACUGGAUUACGUUGUCUCGCUUGAUCAAGUUCCUUGUUGGAGUGAUGCCGAGCAGAGGUCUUCGUUGGCCUAUGAGAAUGAUGAUCCGUCAAACUUUUCUGAUCCUUUAACGGCGUCUUCAUCUGGGGCAGAGAAUGGUGUUAAUGGUUCAGUUUCAAGGUUUCCUGUUGAUCAUGAAAUUAACUCAAAGAUAUACCUAUGGCGUGGCAAUCCGUGGAAUCUUGAGGUAGAUGCGGUGAUCAAUUCAACAAAUGAGAAUCUGGAUGAAGCACACAGUAGCCCUGGUUUGCAUGCCGCUGCUGGCCCUGGUCUGGCAGAAGAAUGUGCGUCAUUGGGUGGAUGUCGUACAGGAAUGGCAAAAGUUACCCAUGCCUAUGAUCUUCCAGCCAGGAGAAUUAUUCAUACAGUGGGCCCCAAAUAUGCAGUAAAGUAUCAUACAGCAGCAGAGAAUGCUCUGAGUCACUGCUACCGCUCCUGCUUUGAGCUUCUAAUUGAAAAUGGACUUCAGAGCAUUGCUAUGGGAUGUAUUUACACAGAAAAUAAAAAUUAUCCUCGUGAACCAGCUGCUCACGUUGCAAUUAGGACUGUCCGAAGGUUUCUUGAGAAACAGAAAGAUGGAAUCACAGCUGUAGUUUUCUGUACUAUUACUUCAUCUGACACCGAGAUAUACAAAAGAUUGCUUCCACUUUACUUUCCCCGGGAUAAACAUGAGGAGGAGGUGGCUUUGUCAAAGCUUCCUGCCGAUGUUGGAGAUGAGAAUGGUGAGACAACUAUAGACGAACGCAAAAUCAGGAUAAAACAUUUGCCCAUAUUGACACCAGACUUUCCUAAAUCCCCAAUAACCCGUGAAGAACCUCCUGUUGCUGAUCCUGGGUUGGCGUUGAGACGGAACUCCACUUAUUUGGAUUCAUAUCUGGAUCCUGUGUUUAUGUCCUUAAUUAAAGAUCCAGACCAGAGGCGUGUGGAGCAAUGGCAAAAAGCUGCUCAAGCACGAAAUGGUUUCCAUUUUUCUAAAUUGCUUGGAUUUGGUGAUCUUGGUGGGCCUCCUUUGACAGCUGCUGAAGAAUACUCCCUUCAUUCCAGAUAUCUUGCUAAAGCAAAUAACCUUACCCUUUCUGAAAUUGCAGACAUGAAAAUCAUUUAUCGUGGUGGAGUAGACAGUGAAGGGCGACCGGUAAUGGUUGUCGUUGGAGCCCAUUUUCUACUAAGGUGUCUCGAUCUUGAGAGAUUUGUGCUUUAUGUGGUCAAGGAGUUCGAGCCAUUGAUUCAGAAGCCAUACACUAUUGUUUAUUUCCACUCCGCUGCUUCUUUACAACCUCAACCAGAUUUGGGAUGGAUGAGACGGUUACAACAAAUUCUUGGUCGUAAACACCAGCAUAAUCUGCAUGCAAUAUAUAUACUCCAUCCAACAUUUGGACUGAAAACGGCAAUCCUUGGUUUGCAAAUGUUCGUUGAUGGCGAGGCAUGGAAGAAAGUUGUGUACGUUGAUCGUCUUCUGCAGCUAUUCAGAUAUGUACCUCGUGAGCAAUUGACAAUACCCGAUUUUGUUUUCCAGCAUGAUCUUGAAGUGAAUGGAGGGAAGGGUCUAAUAGUAGACCCUAGAACUAAAUAUGUAUAUCCAAGGCCAUAACUCUCUGAAUGUGAUUAUUUCAUACUCCUUUACUGUUUUUCGGGUGAAAAUGGCAUCUAUCUAUAUUUUUCCUCUGUAUAAAAAGUUUUUUAUUUUGUUCUCCACCCACUUUUUUUUUCAAUCAAUUUGUAACAUCUGAUCUGAGUGUUAGAAAUAUAAGGUCCCUAUUCUUUUCUGCCUGUAAAUUGAAAAUAAGAUGAUUUGAGUUUUUACAUGAAUCUCCAUUCUUUGCACUUCUGCAA